ACGCGCGCGCUAGGGUCGUGCGGCGGUAAGGAAGCAGCCGCCACACAGCUCGGGAAGUGUGUUCGUGUCGCGGACUGUGGUGGUCGCCGAGUUCGUAUCAAAGUGAUCCAAACACACAAGCAGCCUCUCAUACUAUCUUAAUAGAUGGACUGCUGUGCUGAAUGCGUGUUAAUGCCCACAGAGCAUUGUUGCAACUGACUGUUGUUUCCUGGUUUUGGCGUCAACGCGUUAUUUCGAAACAUAACUAAGUAUCCGUCGUUACGAAGCUAGUUAGUUAGCCCUUACGCUCUACGACUUGAAGCCAGUUGGAGAAAAUUGAACUGAUGCACACAAAAAUAUAGUGUUUUGCAAAUAGGUAGAACUCAAUCUGACAUAUCUCUUACCAGAGACUGAUCACACUCUUAAAAUUUAUGACGCCCUCUGUAUUUAACUAGACUAGUAAUAUGCCGUACAUUUCUGCAGAGAAUCUUUUAAAAAACAGUCAAGAAUUAGUGUUAUGGUGGUUUUAUUAGGAAGCCAGUUGGAUUAUUCAUCAGCAUUCCAUCGAAAGUAAAAUCCGCUUUAUCCUGAAUCCGCCGUCACUACCAAAGACGGAGUUCUGACACAACUGCAAAAAUUAAGAACUGGGUGUUACAGUCCUCAAAUUUGCCAGUUGCAGCAACUUAUGUUCGAGUUUGAACCACCAGUAUAGUCGCACAUAAUGCCACUCUAGUCUCCGUGCAAUUUUACGCGUUCUCAAUAACAAUUCAUGGACGAAUAGCUGUAUUUGCUGCAAUCAAGUCAAAACACAUUUCUGUUGCAAACCGAGAAUAUUUCUGUGACGCAGCUGUAAUGAACUGAAGAUAUCAGCGGCUUUUCUGAAGAGUUUUUGUUGAGCAAAAUCAGCGUCGGCCGCAGACUGAAGCGACAAUGCAUCGCAGCUGGAGAGGCUCCACACGUGACGGACGGCCUGUCCGUUCCUAGCGAUUGUGCAGCACAUAGCCAGUGACGGGGACCGACGUGCGGUGCAUUGUGAACACAGCCAGCAGAGUUCAUCCGCAGAAAUGUCCUCCAGUCUUCAGCGGCGACCUUCGGCGUCCUUUUGGAAGCAGCACCGGCGCCCGCUGCCCUGGUGCGCCGUAGCGCUGCUUCUGGCUGCGGCAGCUGUGGCAGUUGUCGCGGAGCCAACAACCCCAGCGCAAGGCGAGGAGCCGCGGCCUCCGCGCAUCACGGAGCACCCCAGCGACGCGCUGGUGUCGCGCAACGAGCCGCUGACGCUCAACUGCCGCGCCGACGGCCGCCCGCCGCCUUCCGUGUCGUGGCUCAAGGACGGGGCGCCGCUGGCGCUGGACGGCUCCCAGCAGCACCGCGUGCUGCUGCCCGCCGGCUCGCUGCUCUUCCUGCGCGUGCGCAAGGAGGCCGACGCCGGCGUCUACCGCUGCGUCGCCAGGAACGCCGCCGGCGUCGCCUACUCGCGCAACGCCACGCUCUCCGUCGCCUACCUCCGCGAGGACUUCCGACCGGAGCCGAAGGACACCCGAGUAGCCGCGGGAGAGACAGCUUUGCUGGAGUGCGGCCCACCCAAGGGGCUGCCGGAACCAGCGCUCAUCUGGAGAAGGGACGGGCAGCCGCUGGACCUGCGCGCCUCCACCAGGCUCCGCCUGGUGGACGGAGGGAACCUGCUCAUCUCCGACGUCCGUCAGGCUGACGAGGGCCAGUACCAGUGCGCGGCGCAGAACAUGGCGGGCUCCAGGGAGUCCAAAGUCGCCAAGCUCACCGUCAACGUGAAGCCGUUCUUCAGCAAGGAGCCGGAAGACGCGACGGUGUUGGAGGGCGGCGCCGUGCAGUUCGAGUGCCGCGUGGGCGGCGUGCCGGCGCCCACUGUGCUGUGGCGUCGCGACGACGGCCGGAUGCCCGUGGGUCGGGCGCGCAUCGCCGACGACAAGUCGCUGCGCAUCGACGGCGUCGCCGCCGACGACGAGGGCGUCUACAUCUGCGACGUCGAGAGUCCGGCCGGCAGGAUCUCCGCCAGGGCAGCUCUCACCGUGCACUCUUUGGUACUGCAAUGA